AUGUGCCUGGAGGUGGACGGCAAUAUGGUCAGUAGAACAGAGGGUGACAUUAAUGACUCGCUCAUUGGUGAAAAUGCCUCUGCUGAAGGCCCCAGGGGCGAAGGUACUGAAAGCACAGUAGUCAGUAGUAUUGAUGGUGUCGUGAAUCAUCACUUGCGGAAACCAGCUUCACAAGAGGCCUACAAGAAGUACAUCAAAGAUUAUAUGAAAUCAGUCAAAGGCAAACUUGAAGAACAAAGAUCAAAACCUUUUACGACAGGGGAUGCAGUACAAAUCAAGCACAUACUUGCCAAUUUCAAAAACUAUCAGUUCUUGAUUUGUGCAAACAUGAAUCCAGAUGGUAUAGUUGCUCUCCUGGACUAUGUGGGGAUGGUAUGA